AGUAUUUGACACAUGGGUAAUUUGCUGUAUAAAAGCGUUUGCUUGUGUUUAUUAUCCAGUUUUAUCAUGCCAGCAGAGGCUGCUUAUGAUGCAUUACUAGUCAAGCAAUAAAAAUGUGAACCCUGAUCAUGCAGCAACUGCGAGAUCAGUGUGACAAACUAUCAUUCUACCUGAAAACACUCCAAGAUGAAGAUCAGAAUCGCGAAGAAGAAAUUUUUCAAAAUUUUUGCCAUACUUCUGACGAUUCUUAUUUUACCAGUUUUAAUCCUGUUUCUUGUUGUGAUAGGCAGGACAUUUACAUUUAAUCUGAAUACAGAGCUUGAACAAUGGGAGAACACAACAAUCUUUAAUCCUCAUUUAAGUCAAGAACAGAAAGCGAGACUGCUGGCAAAUCUUAAAGAGGCAAUUCAGCUUCCCACAGUGUCAUUUUCAGAAACACAGCAGAACAUCAGCGCUCUGUAUGAAUUUAACCUGCUAUUGAAAAGAGUCUUUCCAAACGUCUUCUCAUCCAAUCUGGUCCAACAUGAGACGAUCUCAAACUACACCCACCUGUUCUCAGUAUCGGGCAGUGAAGCUGAUCUGGAGCCGUACAUGCUGCUGGCACACAUUGAUGUGGUACCGGCUGAUGAGGCGGGAGGAUGGGAUGCUCCUCCAUUCUCUGCUCAAGAGCUCAAUGGCUUCAUUUAUGGACGAGGGACCAUCGACGAUAAACAGUCUGUGAUGGGAAUCCUUCAGGCGUUGGAAUAUCUCCUUGAGCGAGGUUACACCCCUCGACGAAGCUUCUACAUUGGUUUGGGUCACGAUGAGGAGGUGAACGGGAUGCUUGGUGCAGUGAAUAUUGUGAAGCUUCUCAAGAGUCGUGGAGUGAAGCUUCUUUAUGUUUUAGAUGAAGGUCUUACUAUUAUGGAUGGAAUGAUCGCUGGCCUGGAUGGACCUGCUGCCCUGAUAGGUGUGAGUGAGAAAGGACAGGCCACAGUAAAGCUGAGUGUUAAUGCUGCUCCAGGACAUUCAUCAAUGCCUCCUAGAGAGACCAGUAUUGGCAUCUUGGCCUCAGCAGUCAGAAGACUGGAGCAGAAACGGAUGCCCAAUCUGUUUGGUCUUGGUCCUGAACGUGCCACGUUUGAACACUUAGCACAUAAGUUUGGCAUGCCACACAGAAUGGUCAUGGCUAAUCUCUGGCUCUUCUCUUCACUCCUCAGCGGCAUUCUGGAAGGACAGCCAGACACAAAUGCCUUUGUGAGGACAACGACUGCUGUCACAAUGUUUAACUCUGGUGUAAAGAUUAAUAUAUUGCCACCGUACGCAGAAGCCUUUGUCAAUUUCCGUAUCCACUCAUCUCAGACGGUGCCAGAGGUUUUAAAGCUGAUCGAAUCCACCAUUUCUGACAAACGUGUUACGGUAGAGCUCAUAAAAGGGUUUGAUCCACUGCCUGUCAGCUCCUAUGAUGAGCACACAUUUGGGUACCAGAUCAUAAAGAAAACAGCAAAUGACAUUUUCCCUCAGGUCACUGUUACCCCUGGUAUCUGCAUUGGGAACACUGAUAGCCGUCACUACAAAGAACUUUCUCUCAACAUUUAUCGCUUCGCACCCUCGUGGUACAAACCAGGCGAUUCUGCAAGAUUCCAUGGUGUGAAUGAGAGAAUCGGCAUUCAGAACUAUGAGGAGAUUGUGCUGUUCUACUUUCAACUCAUCCAGAAUGGAGACGUCAGGAAUUUGCCAUUACCUCACUCCUAAUAUAAAUGCAUCUUGAAUGGGUGGAUUUUUAAGUCUUUACUUUUAUUUGUGUUCUUAUUAUUCAUCAUCAAUGUAUCAAUUGCAUAUACUGCUUAAACUAAACAAGUCAUGCAUAUGCUUGAUAAUGCUGUUGGAAUUGUAAAAAACGAACCUUUUGUCAUUCAAUAAAAUUUCUUUCU